AUGCCUUCAUUGCCCGGCUUCUCAGAUAAUCAAUUUCGCACCCGUUCUGACCUUUUGCGGGCGACGUUGGCGCUACUGCGGCCAUUAGAGCCGUACAAGUCCGCCGGAAAAGCUCGUAUCAAACUGGCCACAAACACUGCAGCUGGCUUCGAUGAAGUUUCCGCACAGCUAGAAGGUUUUGCGCGGCCACUCUGGAUCGUGGCUGAUCUGCUGCAAGAAGAUGAUGAGGAUGCCAUCGCCGCAGCCGGCGUUGAUCUCUCCUCAUGGACAACUGGAAUAAAAUUAGGCACAGAUCCUGAGUCGGAAGAGUACUGGGGCAACGUGGGAGACAUUGACCAGCGGAUGGUGGAAAUGGAGUCCAUUGCCUUUACGCUUCUGACCUCACCAUCUGCGUUCUUGAGGUCAUGCGACGAAGAGGCAAGAGGGAGACUGCGGAGUUGGCUGUUACAGAUCAACGGAAAGCAGAUGCCGCAGAAUAACUGGCGUUGGUUCCGGAUUUUUGUCAACCUGGCUCUUGUCAAGGCUCUCGGCGUCAAGCUCGAAGAUGUUCGUCAGUUCAUGGAUGCUGACUUCAAGUUGCUGGAUUCGUUCUACCUAGGCGAGGGAUGGUCGAGUGAUGGUCUAUGGGGAGAAGAGAGGAAGCAGGCUGAUUACUAUUCCGGCAGCUUCGCCAUCCAGUUUGCUCAGCUGCUGUACAUCAGAUUCGCAAUUGAUGACGAAGAGAGGAUCGAGAGAUAUAAGCAACAAGCCAAGGACUUUGCGUCAAGCUAUUGGAGGUACUUUGACACCAACGGGGCUGCUAUACCAUUCGGCAGGAGUUUGACAUACCGAUUCGCCUUUGCAGCGUUUUGGGCAGCAGCAGCAACGGCAGACAUCAGUCUUCCUGCACCCGUUGACGAUAUUGGUGCCGUGAAAGGUCUACUUCUCCGCCAUCUUCGUUGGUGGGCAAAGCAUCCAGACAUGUUCAACACUGACGGCACCCUGAACAUCGGCUUCGUGUAUCCCAACAUGUAUCUCAGCGAGGACUACAACUCUCCACAGUCUGUGUAUUGGUGUUUGAAGAGCCUCAUAGUCUUGGGACUUGACGAAGACCAUCCGUUCUGGACAAGCGACGAGCUACUCCAUCCCUUGGACAUGUCCAGAUUGGGCAAGGAAGAGACAUCGAGUAAGGAAGCGCCAACACAACUCGCAGUAAUUUGGCCACCGCGACAAAUCCUCUGCAGCACCCCUGUUCACCACUUCCUCUUGUCUGCCGGACAGAUGACAACAAAGACUUUCAAAGCGAGAGAAGCCAAGUACGGGAAGUUCGCGUACUCGUCCGCCUUUGCUUUCAGUGUCCCAACUGGAAACCUGCUUAUGCAGCUAGCCCCUGAUAGCACAUUGUGUGCUAGCAUCGACGGUGGCGAGAGCUGGAAAGCUAGGUGGGAGCCAGCGGAUGUUCGAGUCGAGUCCAUGUCGGUCGUCAAGAAAGAUGGCGUGCCCUGCAAAGUACCGUCCUUGCCCUGGAAUGCUUCCCCGGCUGGCAUGUCCGAGUACACCGAAUCCGUUUGGGAAACCCAGCAGAGAUUCCGCCUUGGAUCGAAGACGUUCAACUGGUAG